CACCUCUACCGGCAAUUUCAGAGAAAAAAAAAUGAAGACGACUUUUAACGUUAAUGGCGCAGUCUUCUCUCCCUUAGCUGAAGCUGACGGUAUGGCGCCAAAAUGUAAGUAAAUUAGGUAUCAACAACCGCUAUGGAAUCAAAGUGGAGGCACCAAAAACUGUACCCGAUUCUCGGUACGCUUGGCAUCUUCUUUCUUCUCUACCUCAAUUUCGAUUUCCACUUCCCGGUGGUGGUAUGGCGGCUGCCGGAGAUGGCAUUCGUGGGGGUCAACCGCACCAGAUUCGUGCUCCUCCAUGAGGGGAGGCAGGAGGACUUUUAUGUGAACGGCUGGAAUUCGUACUGGUUGAUGCAGGAGAGCGUGCGGGCCCCAUCCAGGCGCAGGGUUGCUGAGAUGCUCAAUCGAGGGGCUCGAAUGGGGCUCACCGUUUGCCGCACUUGGGCUUUCAGCGACGGACCCUUUCCUAAUGCUCUUCAGCUCCGCCCUGCCGUCUUUGAUCCAACACUCUUCAAGGCGUUAGACUAUGUAUUAGUUGAAGCGAGAAAGCAGGGGAUAAGAGUAAUCCUGAGCCUUGUGAACAAUUUGAAUGCAUAUGGUGGGAAAGCGCAGUAUGUGCGUUGGGCAAGAGAAGCUGGAAUCAACGUCUCUUCUUCUACCGACUCAUUUUUCUCUCACCCAAUUAUCAAAGGUUACUACAAGGCCUAUGUUAAGGCAAUUUUAUCUAGAAAGAAUUACUUCAGUGGAGUCAAAUAUUCAGAUGAACCAUCCAUAGUUGCCUGGGAACUUAUCAACGAGCCUAGAUGUGAAUCCAUGUCCUGCACCUCUGAUCUUCAGGCUUGGAUUGCAGAGAUGGCUGCUUAUGUCAAAAGUUUGGACCAAAAACAUCUAGUAACGGUUGGACUCGAAGGGUUUUAUAGUCUGAAAUCAAAUGAUAGCCACAGAGCAAAUCCAGGGAAGUGGGCAGCGAUGCUUGGAUCAGACUUUGUAAACAAUUCUGCCAUCAAAGACAUAGAUUUUGCCUCAGUCCAUGCAUACCCUCACAGCUGGAUCCCAGAGGCAGAUUUAGAAGCAAAAGUGAAGUACCUUUCAAGAUGGGUAGAUGCUCAUAUAAGUGAUGGUGAAAAUGUGUUGAAGAAGGCGGUUCUUUUCACAGAAGUGGGGGCGCCUUUGAGUAAUGAGAUUGGAGGAGUACAUGACAGAGAAACCAUAUUGAAGACCGUCUACAACAAAAUCUACGAGUCUGCUGAGAAAAGAGAAGCAGGUGCUGGGGUUCUAAUUUGGCAGUUGUUGGUUCAAGGAGUUGAUGAAUACAGAGACAAAUUUUCCUUCAUAGCGUGGAAGUAUCCCUCGACCUAUAAACUGAUCUUGGAGCAAUCAUGCAGGCUGAAGAACGUGUCUUCGGAGGUGUAUACAAGGAACAAGAAAGAUCCAUGUUUCAGCCACAUGAGCAGAUAAAGGCUGCGAUCGAGGCCCACUUUUGUGCCCAGUACCAGGCUUGUGCUGUGUAGGAUGGGAUAAAAUAUAGUGGAUUUUAUACCACCCGAGGCCACAUUAGUUCCAAAAGUCUUGCUAUGAUGUUGAGAGGUAAGGGUGAUCGAACGGGUGGUCAGUGUCGAUCCCUUGUAAGGUUUGAGCCAAUGCCACUAGUGAUAUCAAGAAGGAAUUUAGCAUCUGGGAAGCAUGUGCUUGAAAGUUACUGUCAAGAAUUAAUAAAAGUGACAACUUUAGAGCAUAGUGUUUGAGGAAAGGUAGGUCAAUGUUGAGGGAGGCACUGUAUUGGUCACAUCCUUUGUUGGGCUUUUGGAGCUUAAAUGAUAACAAAUUGUAGGGGAGAGACAUGGGUUGGAGAGUGGGCCACUGUCAAACAACAACAAGUGUAGAAUGUUGAAUGAGGUUACCUUACCCAUUGUUAACAAAGCAGUUGGAAUAUUAAAAAUGAGAGCCUAAGAAUGUAGUGCAGGCAAGAUCAUCAAUUAUUGAUCUCUUCCUUUAUGUGGGUUGAAGGGCAUGAUUCAGGUAAGUAUGCUACCUAACCAUUAUGUGGAUUGCACAUAUACUUAGUAAUUCAAAUUUCAAUCAUGUUUUAAUAUAUUGUUUUAUUAGUUUUUAUCAGUGUCUUGUAUGAAACUGUAAUCAGUACUCUUUCUAUUUAGCCUAAAAAUUUGCUUAAUUAGGAAUUCAUAACCAAACAACACGCAACACUUAGUUAUCAUAUUCAUUCAAAGUGUGUUGACUGCAAAUGCUCGAGAAAUUG